CAUCUCAUCUCUGUAGGAAGUGUAUCACUGCUUCUUUGUUUGUUACGUGCAUUUGAUCGAGAUACAACAUGAUCUGGGCUCAUUUUUGAACAUACCUGUAGCCUAUAGUGUUUUGAAGCACGUUAUAAAGUUUUAUUUAAUGAUGACGAAAAUUUAACAUAUGCUGCAGCCAUAAUUCUAUGUAUAGUUCAAAGAGAAAUGGGAAUCCAGGAUGCACUGCAUUACGCCUUUUUGUCGAAUCCCAUCAGCACUGGUGCGGCAGGCUAUGUGAAAUCAGCAGUAGGACUUGUAAAAGAUUACGUUGUUUCGAAACCACAAGUUGAAGUAAGAAUGGUACAAGCAGAUCCAGUGCCGUUGUGGAAGUUAGCAGCUGCUACAGGUCCAUUUGUAAGACUAGCAGCACUUAGUGGUGCUACUGCUGUAAUAUUGGGGGCUUAUGGAUCCCACAAACAGUACCCAAAGGACAAUAACCGAGAACAGCAGCGAGUAUUUGAAACAGCGAGUAGAUACCACUUUAUACAUACUUUAGCACUGCUCGGUUUACCCAUGUGUAGGGCUCCCUUUAUAGCAGGAAUAUUUAUGUUGUCAGGAAUGGUUAUGUUUUGUGGAACAUGCUAUUACUACGCUUUCACAGGAGAGAAGCGAUUUAGCCGUGUAACACCAAUCGGUGGCAUGUGUUUUAUCUUAGGAUGGUUAGGAAUGCUCAUAUAAAGGGAUUCUUCACAAAUUUUUUCAAUCGCGCAAUGUUAUUAUGAUUAAUUUCUCUUAUCAUACUAAAUUUAUAACUAAUGAAAUAGUUUAGGCCAUACAAUAAGUUUUUCAGUUAUUCAUCUGUCACAUUAAUGUUGUAUCGGUGCCAAUAAACUAUAAAACAGAAGUAUU